CACCGUCCGCCCUUGCUAUAUCUGCGCCUGCGCUGGGCAGCUGCGGGGCCAGUCGGGACGGAGGAGACAAGAUGGCGCUGCGGGCGAUGCGGGGAAUCGUGAACGGGGCCGCACCCGAGCUACCCAUGCCCACCAGCGGGCCGGUGGUGGGAUCUCGGGAGCAAGCGCUGGCAGUUAGCCGGAACUACCUUUCCCAGCCUCGCCUCACGUACAAGACAGUAUCAGGAGUCAAUGGUCCACUAGUGAUCUUAGAUCAUGUUAAGUUUCCCAGAUACGCUGAGAUUGUCCACUUGACAUUACCGGAUGGCACGAAGAGAAGUGGGCAAGUUCUAGAAGUUAGUGGUUCCAAAGCAGUGGUUCAGGUAUUUGAAGGGACUUCAGGUAUAGAUGCCAAAAAAACAUCUUGUGAGUUUACUGGGGAUAUUCUCCGAACACCAGUGUCCGAGGAUAUGCUUGGUAGGGUAUUCAAUGGAUCAGGAAAACCUAUCGAUAGAGGUCCUGUUGUACUGGCUGAAGACUUCCUUGACAUCAUGGGCCAGCCUAUCAAUCCUCAGUGUCGAAUCUACCCAGAGGAGAUGAUUCAAACUGGCAUUUCAGCCAUAGAUGGCAUGAACAGUAUUGCUAGGGGGCAGAAAAUUCCAAUCUUCUCUGCUGCUGGCUUACCACACAAUGAGAUUGCAGCUCAAAUCUGUCGCCAGGCUGGUUUGGUAAAGAAAUCCAAAGAUGUAGUGGACUACAGUGAGGAAAAUUUUGCAAUUGUAUUUGCUGCUAUGGGUGUAAACAUGGAAACUGCACGGUUCUUCAAAUCUGACUUUGAAGAAAAUGGCUCAAUGGACAAUGUCUGCCUCUUUUUGAACUUGGCUAAUGACCCAACUAUUGAGCGAAUUAUCACUCCUCGCUUGGCUCUAACCACAGCCGAAUUUCUGGCCUAUCAAUGUGAAAAACAUGUAUUGGUUAUCCUAACAGAUAUGAGUUCUUAUGCUGAAGCACUUCGAGAGGUUUCAGCAGCCAGGGAAGAGGUUCCUGGUCGAAGAGGUUUCCCAGGUUACAUGUACACCGAUUUAGCCACAAUAUAUGAACGUGCUGGUCGAGUGGAAGGUAGAAAUGGCUCCAUUACUCAAAUCCCUAUUCUCACCAUGCCUAAUGAUGAUAUCACUCACCCCAUCCCUGACUUGACUGGAUAUAUUACAGAGGGACAGAUCUAUGUGGACAGACAGCUGCACAAUAGACAGAUUUACCCGCCUAUUAAUGUGCUGCCCUCUUUAUCACGGUUAAUGAAGUCUGCUAUUGGAGAAGGUAUGACCAGAAAGGAUCAUGCUGAUGUAUCUAACCAGCUGUAUGCAUGUUAUGCUAUUGGUAAGGAUGUACAAGCCAUGAAAGCCGUAGUUGGAGAAGAAGCCCUUACCUCAGAUGACCUUCUUUACUUGGAAUUUCUGCAGAAGUUUGAGAGGAACUUUAUUGCUCAGGGACCUUAUGAAAACCGCACUGUCUAUGAGACUUUGGACAUUGGCUGGCAACUGCUCCGAAUCUUCCCCAAAGAAAUGCUGAAGAGAAUCCCUCAGAGCACCCUGAGUGAAUUUUAUCCUCGAGACUCUGCAAAGCAUUAGCUGCUACUUUAUCGCUGGCUCGAUACACUUGUGAAAUAGUGUUCUGUUUUCUUUAUUCCUUUUGCACUCCCUAAUCCCCCAUCUCUGUGUUGGAGUUUGCCUUGUUACCCUGUAAUUAAAAACAAAGAAUAGGUAA